AUGCACACGCCGGAUGAGUCGCUCGCAACAUACACCUACGGAUCGGUCGAGUAUGCGGAGGUCAUAGCCUACACGAAUGUGGCUAUCAUGGCGCUCAUGCUGUAUGAUUUCUUGAUCCGGUUCGAUACAGAGGUGGAUCUUAUAUGGGUGCUGACAGCGGACAUAGAUGCGGUACGCGGGCUUGGCGCUUCCCAUCGGAGUUUGACGGGCGAGACGGGAGGUAGUGUUUUACCUGCCGAAAAGUCCCAACACAGUGAGCGCGCGAAUUUCCAAGUGGCAGUACAUGCUAACGUUCGUCUCAGUCGUACGUGUGAUCGAUUGCGCACCGCGCAGAAUGGAAUAAAACCUAUACUAUUGUUUGCCGUUGAACUUAUGAUGGCUUUGCGCGUCAACGCACUAUACCCAUCCUCAAGGCUCGUAGUUGUUCUGCUUGGGAUCCUUUUCAUCGCCGCACAAGUCACGUCAAUCAUCAGUCUCGCACUAAUAACUGAACAAGGGGCAUCCGAAUAUACCUCCCUGAGCCCCAAGUACUGCCCGUCGCUGCUAAUGAAGAACCCGAAGCUGCAGUGGAUGCAAACUAUGAACGUUUUGUGCCCGAUGACGUUCGAGAUCAUGCUCCUUUUCCUUGCGUUAUACCGCUUUUUCGACCAUGUGUGGUCGACCCGCAGAAGGCCAAGGAGUAACAACGACCGCAUUUUUAUGACGUUAAUCAGGGAUAAUAUCCUGUAUUUUAUUAUGGCAAUUCUUUGCUUGUUCAUGACGUCUCACUGGGCACUGCCCAACUUUGACCCCGAAACGUUUGCAUUCAACGGGGCGACUUACAUGGCUUUCCAUGACUUCAGCCAGGUCAUGUUGCUCUCGUGGUGCGGCCCACAUAUGGUCCUCACCAUGCUCAAGUGUGGAGAUCAGGAAGUCAAGGCGAAGUCGUCCAGAUGGGACCCAGGGACCAGUGCUAGCACGAGCCGGCACGUUCAGUUUACUACGAUAGAGCUCGAGGAUUUUAUGAUGCAUCAGGGGCAGACGCAGACGCAGACACAAACCGGGCUGUUUCCCUAA